UUUGUCAAUCGAUCGAUGCACUUGGAGAAGAUUAAGUUCUUUGGCUUCGACAUGGACUACACACUGGCAGUGUACAAAAACCCUGACUUUGAGUCCUUUUCGUUUGAUCUAGUCAAGCAGCGACUGAUUGACAUGGGCUACCCGACGGAGAUCAACGCCUUCAUCUACGACCCAACCUUUCCUGUUCGCGGACUUUGGUUCGACACUGAAAAUGGCAAUCUUCUAAAGGUGGACGCCUAUGGCAACAUCCUCAUUUGUGUUUUCGGAUUCAAGUUUCUCAAAACAUCGGAAAUUUACUCAAUGUACCCCAACAAGUUUGUUCAGCUGGAUGAAAAUCGCAUUUACGUGCUCAAUACUUUGUUUAACCAACCGGAAACUUACCUUCUUGCUUGCGUCAUUGACUUUUUCUCCAACUCUCCACACUAUGCAUCUAUUCCAAGUGGUAUUAAGGCAAUCGAUGGCAAGCUAACCAUGUCAUACAAGAGCAUCUUUCAAGAUGUGCGCAGCGCAUUCGACUGGGUGCACAUGCAGAACGGCGUGCUGAAGGAUCAAACCGUCAAUAACAUGGAAAAAUAUAUUGAGCGAGAUUUGCGACUUCCUCUGUUGCUUGAUCGAAUGCACGAAAACGGAAAGAAAACCUUCCUGUUGACCAACUCUGAUUACAGGUACACGGAAAAAGUGAUGAGUUUCUUGUUUGACGUGCCAUCCGCUAAAGGUCGACACUGGAAGACUUACUUUGACUAUAUUGUCGUUGACGCAAGAAAGCCACUGUUCUUUGACGAAGGCACUAUACUUCGCCAGGUUGACGUGAAAACAGGCGCCCUCAAAAUUGGCACUCAUACAGGGCCUUUUGAACCUGGCCAAGUCUACUCUGGCGGAUCAUGUGACGUUUUCACUGAACUCAUUGGUGCUAAAGGCAAAGACUGUCUUUACGUUGGAGAUCACAUUUUUGGUGAUAUCCUCAAGAGCAAGAAAAUUAGAGGCUGGCGUACAUUUUUAGUCGUUCCAGAGCUGCAGCAUGAACUGGACAUUUGGGUCAACAAACGAUCCUUGUUCGAGCGACUCAACGAACUGGACUUUGAGCUGGGCGAAUUGUACGUCAACAUGGACAGUAGCUCGCGAAACAAGCCGGAUAUAAGCGCACUUCGAACUAACAUUCGGGAGACCAUUCACGAACUAGACAUGAGUUAUGGCAUUCUGGGCAGCAUCUUCCGCUGUGGCUCUCGCCAGACGCACUUUGCCAACCAGAUCUGUCGUUAUGCUGAUCUCUACUCCAGUACCUUCCUCAAUCUCAUGUACUACCCUUUCAGUUACAUGUUCCGGGCUCCGCCAAUGCUUAUGCCGCACGAAUCGACUGUCGAACAUGAGAAAGACGUCUUAGCUAAUGGAAACGGAUUCGAACACGAUUUAAAGAUAAUCAUGGAGAACGAAGUUGUGGACAGCAGCGCAAAGUCCACUCCAGUGAAGUCGGUCGACUCUACCUACCAAAAUGGCCGCGUCUCGAUGAUGGAUCGACAGAACUCUCUGGUGAAGAUUGCCGAGAAGGUGCAUG